UGUCAGAGCAGGUAGAGAGAGAAGUGAAGUCUUUUGGUCAAAAAUAUCCAAAACUUGUUGUGGGUGACACGUUUUUAUGUGUCAGAUUCUAUUUUUGCUGAAUCCGGGCUCGAAUCGAAACGGUUUAACUGCGUUAUCGGCUGAGAGGAGGCAGAAAAUGAGUUGAUCUCCAGCAAAACAAGCUCGAAAAUGGCAACAUACAACGCCGAAGGACACUCAGUAGUGGUGGAGGUGAGUCCAGACAUUCACAUCUGCGGCUUCUGCAAGCAACAGUACAACAAUUUUGAGGUUUUCCUCGCCCACAAGCAAAAUGGAUGUUCCCUGCCCGCACCUGACGCACCAGCACCAACUGCCACAGAUUCCAGCACUGAGUUUGUGUUUGAGGAGACCUACCAGACCUGUGUCAUGAGGGGUGUCAAAAAGAUCCUGACCAAAGCCCAGAAAACGCCUUCCAAAAAAUUAAAGCCCGCCCUCUCUUCAAAUAGACACACCUGCUGUUUCUCCGGUUGCACUUUUAAGACACAAUAUGGCCAAAAAGACAUGGAGCGUCAUCUCAAGACCCACACAGGCGAGAAGCCGUUUGAGUGCGAGUUAUGUCACAAGCGCUUCAGCCGACGGGACAAGCUCAACAUGCACAGUCGCUCUCACACGGGCGAGAAGCCGCACAAAUGCAAACACUGUCCGUACGCAGCCGCAGACAGCAGCAGUCUGAAGAAGCACCUGCGCAUCCACUACGACGAGCGGCCGUUCAAGUGUCAGAUCUGUCCGUACGCCAGCCGGAACUCCAGCCAGCUCACCGUGCAUCUCCGCUCGCACACUGGAGAUGCGCCGUUCCAGUGCCAACAGUGCGACGCCAAGUUCAAAAUCAACUCGGACCUGAAGAGGCACGUCCGGAUCCACUCCGGCGAGAAGCCCUACAAAUGCGACUUCUGCGAUUACCGCUGCGCCAUGAAGGGCAACCUGAAGUCCCACAUCCAGAUCAAGCACGGCACGGAGAACUCCUUCCACUGCGCGCACUGCGACUUCAAGUGCACCAACAAGACGGCGCUGCGGCAGCACUCCAGGGAGCACCAGCCCACCCAGCCCAUCCAGUGCUCCAAGUGCACGUACUCCUGCUCCAGCAAGGGGGCGCUCAAAGUCCACGAGAGGAUCCACUCGGAGGAGCGCCCCUUCAAAUGCGACUUCUGCAGCUUCGCCUCCAAGCAGCGCAGCAACCUGGUCAUCCACAGGAAGAAGUGCCACUCGGACAAGCCGGAGAAAGGUGGCGGCGCCGGCGGCACCGGCGGGAAGGGGGGCAGGGCCGGGGGCAAGAACGGAGGCGGCGACUCCCCGAAGCCGGUCAGCUCCCGGUACCGGGCCAAGCUGGAGGCGGCCCGCGCCUUCUGCUGCGACUCGUGCGACGCCUCCUUCGUGAGGGAGGACUCCCUGCGGAGCCACAAGAAGCAGCACCGGGACGCUCAGAGCGUCUUCCAGCUGCAGCUCUCCGCCCCCGCCGACUCGGUCAGCCUGCUUCCCGUCACGCAGCUGCAGGUCCCCAUCCCGCCCGGCUCCGUGGCUCCCUACGGCAGCGCCCAGCUCAAGAUCAUCGUGUCUCAGCCUCUGGGACAGGAGAGCUCGCUGAUCCCGGCCGGCGAGGACAGUCCCGGCAAGACCAACAUGGUGCUGCUGGGCCCGGAAAGCCAGGACAUCGGCUCCAUGAUCCAGCAGGUCAACCUGUUGGCGCCGAUGCAGCCCCUCGGGCCGGCCCAGACCGUGGACGCCACGCUCGAACCCCAGACCGUCAUCCUGACUCAGCUGGGCUCCGAGGAUUCCGGCAACCCGCUGCACCAGGCGCUGCUGCACACCGCCAUCAGCGCGCAGAACUCCGGCGGCGCCGGCGGCAACCAGACGUUCAUCACCACCUGCUCCGAGCUGGAGGGCCUCAACGCCCUCAUCCAGGAGGGCGGCACCGAGGUCACGGUGGUGACCGAGGGCAACGCCGCCCUGUCCAAGCCGGCCGCGGCGGCGGAGGAGAGUGCCUUACAGUGCGAGGAGGGCGCCCUGCUGGUACCCAACAUCAGCCUGGGCGGCCAGAACGUGGUCAUCCACGGCGUGCCGCUGAUCGUGUCCGCUCAGGCUCAGCAGCUCUCGCCUCACACGCUGUACUCCGACUCGCACACACUGGAAAGCAUCCCACAGUGAGAGCAGAGCGGCAUGCGGUUCCGACAAAGACGUUCUAAUCUGCGUUAUAAGCUAUUUUCUGUGUAAAGCGAACCACUGACACAGUUGCAUCAGAAGACAUCAGGGGCGAGAAGAUCACUGUUCCAGCAUACGUUCAAUAUCUUUUCAAAAUAAAAGUUGAAAUUUAAGAAGAAAAAUUAGUUCAAUUUCAACAUAUCAUUUUCAAAUAGUAAAAAAAAUCACGUCAUAUCUGUAAAGCAGGUCCUCUCGUUGCAGCACAGAUUUUCUCUUUAAAAAAAAAAAAUAAUUGCAAUAAAAAUGCAACCAUGUAUUUUAUUUAUUGGUCUAAUUCUGCAGAGAAAUGGGACUUUCUGUCUGCAGUGCUGUUUCCCUUCAGGUUACUGUAUGAAUGAAGUAUGGAAGAGGAUCGGGGCCACUGUAAGAAAGGAAAACUGAAUUCUGACUUUUUUCUCAGAAAACUGAUUUUAAACUUACUUGUACAAUUCUGACUUUGAACUCGGAAGCACGGGUUCCUGUCAGGAGCCGACCUGUGGGCUGCUGGAGUGAUACUGAGAGCCGCUUGAGGACCGAAGAUGUCAGGCUUUUUCUGGGAUCCGUGUCUUCAAUUAUGAGAAUUCUGAGGGGAAAAAAAAGUCAGAAUCUUAUUUAUUUAAUAUAGACUUGUGUAUAUUUUACAUUUGGAGAGUACUGUGUUGGUUUUGCACACCAGAAGCAGUACUGACGAGACGUUUGACCUUUAGUUUUCUUUGUGAUUUUCACACUUGAUCAGUCAUCACAAGGCCGCAUUGAACCCUCCGGCUGGCUGGUUUCGGCCAGCGGGCCUUAUGUUUGACACCCCUGACGAAAUUGUUGCAGUUUCAGAUUUUUCGACUAAGUAUUUGUUGUUAGUUUUUUUUUUCUUUUUUUUUUUUUUCUUUUUUGUAGCACAACAGUGUCCUCGAGUAGUGUCAAGUUUUACUGAUCCUUUUUGUCAUACAUCCGUUUCUCUCCUCCACCGCUCGAACCAACUCAGGGUCUGGAAGCGUACACCACGGACAGGUCCCCACAGGGCAAACGCACUCUCAUUUACACCAAAUUUAAAGUCACAGAUCAGCCUCAGGUGGAUGUUUUUGGGCUCUGGGGGAAAAUCAGACGUGCACAUUGCUGAGAGCGUUCACCACGACUGCACUGCGCAGUGCGCCACUCAUUUCACACACCCUCCUUCAACUGGACAGAAUCAGUAUUAAAUCCUUUUUACAAGAUUUGCUUUGCUGAAAUACGGUUUAAUUUGAAGCUACAUCACAACAAAAAAAAAAUCUAAUAAAAUCUGGAAGAAGUCAUGAGAAUAAGUGACUGUUGUGCCUUUUCUGUGUUUGGCCGCCAGGUGGCAGCAGAGCCUAGGGUUACAUUAGAUUAGGAAUUUGUGGAUUACAGCAGUCCUGCAGGUAUUGAUCACUCAUGUUCUGGGAGUAGCUUUAGUGAAAAUGAUUAUUUCUUAAGUCCUCUUUCUGAAGCUGAAGUCAAUUGUUGAAAACAUCCAGCUACAUAUCAAGGUCUUCAUCUUCUAAAAGCCAAGUUGUGCUCCGGAUAGAUUUUCCAAUAAAGUGCUCCU